UUGACCUUAUUUUUGUAUAUUUCAGGUCAAAUUGAUGCAUGCUUAUGUGAAGCAGCUAGUGAAGAUGUGUCUCCCUGGUAUCUUCAUUGUUACCCUGUUGACCCUCUCUAUUCCCGCUGUCCAUGGUGGGAAAGUCCUGGUGUUUCCUCAAGAAGGCAGCCACUGGGUCAACAUGAAGGUCAUUAUUGAAGCGCUUCAUUCAAGAGGUCACAGUGUGUCAGUAGUACGGCCAUCAGACAGCUGGUACAUCAAGGAAACCUCCCCUCACUACAGUUCAAUCACAAUUGAUAUUCCAGGUGGAGCUGAUGAGGAAUUCUUUCGCUCAUUUGUGUCAAGACUAAUACAGAUAAAGAGAGAGGGAAACUCUGCUUGGACUCGUUUUAGUUUGGACAUGGAGUUGAAGGACGGGUUAUUUAAAGUUCACCGCAAAGUGUGUGAGAUGAUAAUCAAAAUGUUAGAGAAUAAACAGUUAAUGCAGUCUAUUAGAGAAACCAAGUAUGACUUAGUUCUGACAGACCCAGUAAAUGGGGGAGGCGUUGUGCUGGCGCACUAUUUAAAUGUGCCACUUGUUUUCAAUGUUAGAUGGACUAUAGGUGGUGAGGGUCAUUUUGUUAUUGCUCCCUCUCCACUAUCUUAUGUUCCAUUUCCUGUUGCAGAGUUAACAGACAAGAUGAGUUUUUUUGAGCGUGUCCGUAACUUCCUUGUUUAUGUCAUCAGGCAGUAUAUGUACAGACAGGCAAUUAGACCUCAUUAUUCCGCUUUGGUUAGUCGUUACUUUGGUCCUGAGGUCGACUACUUCUCAUUGUUUCAAGCUGCUGAUUUAUGGCUCAUGAGAGUUGACUUUGUGUUUGAGUUCCCUCGUCCCACCAUGCCUAACAUUAUCUAUAUUGGAGGGUUCCAAUGUAAACCUGCCAAGCCUCUUCCCCAAGAACUAGAGGAGUUUGUUCAGAGUUCUGGGGUGCAUGGAGUCAUUAUCAUGUCUUUGGGGACUUUAAUUGGGCAGCUUCCACAUGAUAUAACUGAUGAGAUAGCUGUUGCUUUUGCCCAACUGCCUCAGAAGGUCAUCUGGAGGUAUAAAGGAGACAGGCCAGCUACUCUGGGUAACAACACCUUACUAGUUGACUGGAUGCCUCAGAAUGAUCUUUUAGGACACCCUAAGACAAGGCUGUUUGUAGCUCACGGAGGAACAAAUGGGAUUUUCGAGGCUAUCUACCACGGUGUUCCAAUAGUAGGCCUUCCUCUGGUGUUUGACCAAACUGACAAUCUUUCUAGAAUGAAAGUGAAGGGUGUAGCAAAGGUUGUGGAUUUAGCAACACUAGAUAGAAACAUCUUCUCCCAGGCCUUACAGGAAGUUCUGGAUGAGCCAUCCUACAGGACGAACAUGCAGAGACUCUCCAGGCUACACAAGGACGUGCCAAUGGAACCCCUGGACACUGCCCUCUUCUGGAUUGAGUUUGUCAUGAGACACAAAGGUGCUGCUCACCUGCGUACAGAGUCCUACAGAAUGCCCUGGUACUCGUACCACUCUGUAGAUGUAAUGGUCUUUUUACUGACUGUUGUGUUAUUUACUCUGCUGGCUUUCAUUGGCAUUAUCAGAUGUUUCUGUUGCAGGUCAUGUUUGAAAAUGAAAGAGGAAUGAUUAUGGCUUUCAUCUGUACACAGUGUGGUACAACAAUAUGUUUUUACUUGUCUCACCCAUUAUACUUUUUGUUCACAUGACAAAUAUAUGUGGCAUUGAUGUAGACAUACAGUAUUGUUGACAGAUGUUUUAUCUAUUUGCUUUUGAAGAUUUUGCUAAACUUACAACUGUACUUUAACUGUUCAGCCCAUUUAAUCAAAGGUUUGAAUAGGAAAGUCCAAAUGUGCACUUUAAAAAUGAAUGCUGUUAUAGUUGUGUGUGGCUGCUUUCUUUGUGUGUCACAGUUAAACAGAUGUAAAUGUUGAUUCUCCAGAAGACCGUUAAGGAGCUCUGUUUUUUAAUAAAGAUAUCAUGCAGCUUAGAUGUUUUCCAAAAACACUUUGUCCCUCAUUGGUUUGUUCUUUUUUUCUUCCACAUCUAUUGUGGAGGUCAUUUCAAGAGAACAAAGAACUUUCAGUUUGUCGUUAUACAGACUUUAACGACAACAUCAUUCUUCAUUCAUUCUGGAAGGGUUGAUAAUUCAGAGGUAAUAUAAUCCUAUGAGAUCCGAGGAGGAAUGUGAAGCGAUUUUCAUACUGAUGCUUAUAAAUUGACAGCAUUGAUCUGCAAUAAAUAAGCCAACCAAGGUGGUCUGCAUAGAGCAGAAGAAGUGUUUCUAUUGUCUGACUUUGUUCUAAAGGACUCUGCUUGUAAGCCUCACUUAGAUUUAGUUCACUUAGAAAUACAGAGAGUAUAUUUCCCUCCUUUUGCCCUCAGAACAGCGUAAAAUCAUUGGUAAAUGUAACAAAUGGAAAGGUUCUCAUAAAAGCAGUACUUUGACAUUUACUUAACGCUUAUAAACCAACACAAAAGCCAAAGUGAGCUACACAUUUUACAUGUAAAAUUUCACUACAUCUUACCUCCAGACUGA